AUGUAUAGUACGUCCGAGUGGCCUGAUACGCAAUUAAGCAAUAUUCAGAAAACUUUACAAAAUUCGUGGCAAGUUCCGUACAUAACUCAGUUUUGUCGUGUAUUUUGUGAAUUAUUUAAUUUAUUUGAAUUUCAUCAAGAGGAACUAGAAGAUGCACUAUUAUCAGAUAAUCCUGAUGAAAUGCAUCCAUUUUUACAAGAAUUACUUCUUUCAUUAUUAUCCGGUUUGACUCGGUUUCAAGUCAAUACAAAUAAUAUUCAUAUUAUGCUUGUAAAAUGUUUAAAAAAAUGUGAUUUAUCAAUACCUUCAUCGAUUCCUCCACAAUCAGCACCAUCAGAAGAAAUAAUUUUACUAGGAGAUUGGAAAGAAAUGGGUGUAUUUGAAAAAUUACACAUAUUAAGAUGUUUAUGUGAUGCAAGAUUGACUCAACCAGAUGUGGAAAAUUUAACAGAAACUGUUUCAGCUGAUUUAAUUCGUUUUGAACCGUGUGGUGAAGAUUCAAAAGGAAGUAAAAUGUGGUAUUUUGGUGAUACAAGAUUAUAUGUUGAAAAAUUAGAUAAAACGAAAUCGGGAAUAACAUCGUGGGAAUGUGUCUGUCGUACAUUAGAUGAAUGGGAAACAUUUGUUUCCAGUUAUAAACAAUCAACAAAAGCUCAAGAUAAACGUUUACUACAAACAUUAUACCUACUCAUUCAAGAGUUACCUGACAUCUACUCGAGAAAGGAUCGUGAUACACAAAAACGUUCUUCAAGUUUAUUUGCUAAAUAUGCACCAAAAAGAUCAUCUACUCGACUCGAAACAAAACGACAAACGCGAAUACAAAAAGAACAGUUUGAUACAGAACAAAAAGAGAGAAUUGAAAAAUUUUUAGAAUACAAGAAAAAACAAGAAAUGAUUAUUGCCAAAGAAAAAGAACGAUUAGAGCGAGAAGGUCGAGUCAAAAAGCGAGAAGAACGUGCCUCUCGAAUACGUCGUCGUGCAGCAGUAUUAAAUGGAGAUCAUUUAUUAGAUUCAUCUGCAGCAAGUGCUGAUGAUUUGAAUGGAUUUUAUUCUGAAAAUAGUAAUGCAUCUUCGAUGUCAACAGUUGUUGCCAAUAAUCCGACAAGUUUAGAAAAUCCUAGUUCACUAUCAAAUGAUGAAAGUUUAUCUCAAAUGUCAAAAACAACAUCUAGUAAUACAAGAGUAUUACCAACAACAAAUGAUAUCAAUAAUAUUCAUCAAAGAGUUUUGAAUACAUUACGUACAUAUGAGAAUAGUUGGCCAUUUUUAGAACCAGUUACAGAAGACAUAGCACCCAAUUAUUUUACUGUUAUUGAAAAACCUAUUGAUUUAUCAACAAUUCAAUCAAAAAUAAAUCGUCAAUGUUAUCUAAAUAAUUCAAAUGAAUUUAUUUCAGAUAUUGAAUUGAUGGUAGAAAAUUGUAAAAAAUAUAAUGGAAAAAGAAGUGUACUUGGUCGUAUAUCAAAUCGUUUAUUGAAAUAUUUUAAAGAAAUUUGGUCUGAAUAUCAACCUCAAACACCUCAAGUCGAUGAUAUAGACGAUAUAAAUCCUUUGAAACGUCGACGAUUAACAAAUGAUUUUGAGUAUACACAAAUAGCUGCAGAUAAUAAUAAUAAUACUACAACAACGUCAACUCGUUCGUCAAAAACAAAAAAUUAUCGACAAUUAGCCGGUUUAACUGAUGACGAAGAUGAUGAUGAUGAAAUGGAUUAUAAGCCUCCAACGACGAUGAAAAGAUCUCGUACAUCCUUAGUUCAGGUACAUAGUAAUCAUAAUUUACGUGAUCCAGCCGCAUCGACCGUUUAUCAUGAUCAUUCGUAUACUCGUCUGAGAGAAGCGCCAACAUUGAUCAAUGAUGAUACGAUGUCAAAGCGUUCUUCAACACAACGUUCAACAACCGUCUCAAUAGCAUCAGUCGUAGUAUCACAACCAUCUAUCAUCACUCCCACAUCAUCCCAAAUUUCAUCAUCUCAAUUACCGACAGCCGCAGCCAUUAGUCAAUUUUUAUCUCAAAAUAACUUUCGUCUGGUAUGCACACCAAAUAAUUUAAAUAAUCAUUCUCAAGACGAGCUAACGAAAUCUCAGUCCGAGCCAACUAUCAUAAAUACGACAAAAUUUGACUUUACUCAAUAUGUUCGAGCUUUACUUGUCAAGCAGCCACAACAACAACAGCAACCAAUAACUACAGUACCUUCCUCAUCAUCAGAAACUCAAACGGAUAAAAAAACGUUGUUAUUUUAUCAUUUAUCAUCACCGACAACACAAACUGAAACUACAUUAUCGUCAUUACAAACAUCGACGAUUCAACCUGUCGAACAAUUAAACACUACUAGUUGA